UAUCAGAUAUAGUAGGCAAUGAAUGACACACGUCGUCCCCCAUCUUUUGGGUUUUUGCAUUAGCUCACCAUGAAAAUUAGGGAUUCUCACCUCUUCCACCAAUCCACCUUCCCUUCUACACAGACGACAUAGAAUUUACAAUUUUGCCAGUCAAUGCUUAAACCCUAAUUUGGGUUCGCUAAAACCCUAAAAUGGUGGCAGCAUGUUUGAGUGGCAGAGCAAAGCUUACCACUUUGACUUUUCUGUGCUGUUCUUGUUUUAAUCGAUUUAACUACACUGUAUCUGUUGGUUUACACUUACACUCUUCUGCUAAAGGAUUUCGGACAUUCAACACAUUGCAUUUCUGUGGAAAUUUCUUCCUUCACAAUUGUAUUAAAUCCAUCCCAGUUGGAGUCCUCCUCAAUUGGCCAACUUUUUUCCCUGGUAUUUUUGGCUGCUGCCAAUCAUUCUCAACCCAGGCAUCCCACACAGAAAUUGUGAAUGAAGUGUUGGCAGAAGUUCUCUCGGUUAUGGCCAUUUCUCAAAGUUCAGGAGAGGAACUCUGUGCUACAUAUAUUGAUAAGUUUUGCAAUGACAGAAAUCUAUCAGGAGCCAUUAGGCUAGUACGGACUUUGCAUGAUAAAAAUAUCCCCCUUCACCCGAGUUCACAGAAUCGCCUUCUGAAAACUGUGGGCGAGGAAAAUGAUAUUGGCCUUCUAUGUGAGAUUUUCAAGGAUCUGUUAGUAUCUUACAAAAUUCUGAAUUCAUCUACAUAUCUUAUCUUUGCUCAAGCAUUUAUCAAGGAAAAUGAUGUUUCCUGCUUACUAAGAUUUGUCAGGGAAAUUCCGGAAUUGAUCUUUCCUAGUACGAUGGUUAUGAAUAGGAUCAUCUUUGCCUUUGCUGAAUGUGGACAGGUUGAUAAGGCCUUGCUGAUUUUUGAUCAGAUGAAGAAUUUGAAAUCCAAGCCUGAUGUGAUCACGUAUAACACCAUUUUGCGGAUCUUAGGCAAGUGUGGUAGAAUAGAUGAAAUGCUUAAUGAGUUUGUGGCAAUGAAAGAGGGUGGUCUAAUUCCUGAUAUUGUUUCUUAUAAUACCUUAAUUACUGGAUUGCGAAAGGUUGGCAGGCUUCAGUCAUGCUUAGUAUUUUUCAGAGAGAUGUGUGAGAGAGAAAUUGAACCAGAUUUGCGGACUUAUAGUGCUUUGAUCGACAGCUUUGGAAAAUCUGGUAACAUUGAGGAAUCGCUUAGACUUUUUAAUGAGAUGAAGCACAGAGGUAUCUGCCCAUCGAUUCAUGUUUACAGGUCACUGAUCAGUACUUUAAAGAAGAUGGGGAAGUUGGAGUUGGCUAUUGCCUUUUCAAAUGAGAUGAAGGAAUCGAUCUCAAAUCAUCGUGGGCCAAACUAUAAUCAACAGAAAAACAGAUAGUUUAGCAGUUCAAAAUUGAUUAUUGACACCGGUUCGAGUAAUGUUUACAAAAAGCAUCUGUUUGCUCCAUGCUGUUGCUGCUGCUAUCUUGAACAAGAAGGCACCUGUUGCGGCCAGCAAAGUUGAAGAACCAUAAGCAGCUAUCCGGUCCAAUCAUACACUGACUUCCCACAUUUGAUGGUUGGAAUGACUACACACAACUGAAUUUUUCAUUGUGUGGGUCCUUAAUAUGCUCUUAUCCUGUAUGAAAGGGGAGACGAUAUGCAUUUAGUUAAUGUUCAAUGGUGUAAAUAUCAAAUUAAUGUAGAUGUUGUAACCUCAUUUAUAGUUUGGUGCAUCAUGUAAGUGGUGCAAAAGGGCUUCUCUGCUGAUUGAGCUCUUCUUCUUUCUUUUUUCUUUUUUUUUGCACAAUAAACUGAGAGAUAUUACAAUUGUAUGGUGUGUUUACCUCCUUUUUCCCCC